AUGUCGUUUACUCAUCCUUAUGGGCAACAACAGCACCAUCGUCAACAGCAACAGCAACAACAGCAGCAUCACCAUCAACCUGCUCCUUUACAGCAGCAGCAGCAGCAGCAGCAGCAGCAGCAAUCACAACAUCAUCAACAAACACAGCAAUCUCCUUAUGCAAAUACUGCUUACAUGAGCAAUCAUUUGCCAAGUUUACAUGAGCAAUCUCCAUAUCGUACUCAACAACAGCCUCCUCCACAGCAUUCUCCUUAUGGCAGUAGACCUGAUAAUGGAUUGCCUCCUCCCGCCCGACAUCAAUUACAUCAGCCGCAAUCGCAACAACAUCAAUCACACAAUGCGGAGCAUUUUCAUCAACCUUUACCCUCCAUGUAUGAUUCACGUAAACUCUUCACUUGCAAUGAACCAGGCUGCUCAGAGUACUUUGAUCAUUCAAAUGGGCUACGAAUACAUCAAAGAACUGUCCAUGGCCGUAGUUUAGGAGGAGGAGAUGGUAGUAACGAUGAUCAUAUUCGAAGCACACACAGUAGACCCUAUGUUUGUCCUUAUGCUGAGUGUGGAAAAUCAUUUACACAAUAUGGAAACUUGAAGACACACUCGAGAAAGCACACUGGUGAAAGGCCAUAUCAUUGUACUUAUGAUGGAUGUGAUAAAGCGUUUACACAGUUGGGCAAUCUGAAGACUCAUGAAAAGAUACAUUGGCCCGUCAAGCCUUUCAUGUGUGCAUUUCCAAAUUGCGGUAAAGGUUUCACGCAGCGUGGCAACCUCAAGACACAUCAAGUAAAAGUGCAUCAAAUUGUACCUCAGUAA